GUCACAAACAUGGCGGCUGUUUUAAAACUCGUGGAGUUUUGCAGAAAUGAAAUUGCAAACUUAGAUGUAGUGUAACUCUCAUUUAGGGAAAGACAACAACUUUUGUGAUAAUGAGAAAAUUUGAUACAAAAAGAGAUGUUGGAAACAGUUUUGCUGAAAAUGAAGACAGUAAUGAUUCUGUCAUUGACCUCACAUCAUCACCAGACUUUUCAACUCAGAAAAAUGACAAGAAGAGAAAACGUGAUAAAUCAUUCCUACAAUCCAUAAGCUGCAAGAAUUCGGCCAAGUGGGUGUCAUCAUCAUUUGGGGACUUUGAUACAUUCGAAAGUUUUGCCUCUUCCUCCCGCCCAGCCAAGUAUGCUGCACCAAAGCGAGCGGCCACCACCGGCUCUAGUCAGUCCAUCCUGAAAGUCUCUAAGUCAUCUACUGCCAGUAUUAGCAACACAAAUGAACAUUCAAAUGCUAGUAAAGCUACAGCCCAGAUAAACAGUGGGCAGGUUUCAUCAUCAGGUGACAGGUGUUGGUUAUCAGGGAAGAAAAGGCCAGCUUAUGAAUCAGAGUUGUGGUCAGACAAAUAUGCCCCUAAAAAUCAGAAUGACCUGGCUGUACACAAGAAGAAAAUAGGGGAUUUAGAAACGUGGAUGCAAACACAUCUCAAGGCACAGACCAAGCUGCCACCUAUUUUAAUUCUGACUGGUCAAGCAGGGACAGGAAAGACUGCCACAGUUAAAGUGUUGUCCCGAGAACUCAAAUGUGAUGUCCAAGAAUGGUCCAACCCAGUAGGAUCUGAUCGGGUCUGGAAGAAAAGGGAUGAGUUUAGUACAGGUCCAUACCAGUACAAUGACAUACAGACAGAGUCCCAGUUGACCCAGUUUCAGCACUUCCUCCUCCGAGCCAACAAGUACAACAAACUUGACAUAUUUGGGGAUGGAAGUACGGAGAAGAAGAUUAUUUUAGUAGAGGAAUUUCCCAAUGUGUUUUAUAGAGAUGCCUCUGCCUUUCACGACACUCUCAGGAAAUACUCCCAUGUUGGAAAGUGUCCUUUGGUGUUCAUUGUGAGCGACUCCACCAGUAGGGACUCGUCCAGUUGUGAGCGACUUCUAUUUCCCAAGAGCCUACAGCAGGAGCUGCACAUAGAUAACAUCAGCUUCAAUCCCAUUGCAUUGACAAGUAUGACGAAAGUGCUGACAAGGAUUGCUACGAAGGAAGCCUCACAGGGAGUACACAAGUUUACUGUCCCAACUCACGCUGUCCUGGAGUCCAUCGCAAUGUCAAGUGCUGGUGACAUCAGAGGAGCAAUCAACACCCUUCAGUUUGCCUGUCUCAAAGACACCAAGGAUCUCUUGCCGAGUGCUCUAGUCAAAGGCAAACAGCCAGUGAAGAAACAGAGAGGAAAGGCCAAAGCAAAGACAUCGGACCAGAAAGAUUCAGAUCUUGCCUCUAUUGGAGGAAGGGACACCUCACUAUUCCUGUUCAGAGCUUUAGGCAAAAUUCUCUACUGUAAACGAGAUGAUCCAAGCUCUCAUCCAGAUGCGCCAAAACUUCCUGCUCAUCUCCAGGAACAUCAUAGGGACCCUCUCAUUAUUAACCCUGAGGAUGUUGUGGAGAAGUCCCAUUUGUCUGGUGACUACUUCAGUGCCUACCUGCACCAGAACUACAUGGAUUUCUUCACUGACCUGGAUGAUAUGGCACGGGCAUCUCAGUACCUGAGUGAUGCAGACCACCUCACAGAUGACUGGGCUUCUAGAUCAGUGUUGCAGCAUUAUGCAGCCUCUGUUGCCACAAGGGGGAUAAUCCAUGCCAAUUCUGCAAGAGCCAGGUUUUCAUCAGCUGGGUCUGGACUUGGAUGGAAACCUUUACACAAGCCGCAAUGGUACACAGCCAUGAAACAGGCCAGAGACAAUUGUGAUAGUGCCAGGUGUCUUUUUAAAGAGUAUGCCUGGACACCAGAAAUACUCCAAACAGAAAUCCUGCCUUAUCUGUCUGUUAUCAACACUACACUCCACCAACCAGGUCAAGCAUCAUUGUUACAAGACAUUUGCAGAUUUUCUAGGUCAAAGAUACCUGGAAGAUCUGAAAAACUGGAUGAAAAAGAUGUUGAUUUGGAUGAAUCUCCUCCGCAAUCUCAAGAUAUGGUUGUGCAGACUGUCGAUGAUAAGAAAGAUGAUGAUGACAUCAUCAGCAAUAGCCAAUCAAAAGUCAGAACCUCUCAGGAAGAGGAAGAGCUAAUUAUUGAAGAUUUUGAUGACUGAUGUAAACUAUUUAUGACUUGUUUCUUGACAGAGAAUAAACAAGCAUUUGAUUGAU